CAAACAAAGACGUAAUAUUAAGUGUACCUGCUAUACACAAAAGUAUUUACGAAAUCAGUAAAAUCUAGAGCUCAAGUUCUUCAUGAAAGGAAAAUGUCUUCACUUCAUUAUCCUAAUAUACUUCUACUGAAAUGAAACUACUUCUCACUCCUUCUAAUAACACAUUAAUAAAAUAUCUAUACAAGGAUGAAAAUGAUUUGUUCAUGUAAAAGUUUUACUCGUAAUAAUGUACACAGAAGGCUCAUUUACAGUACUACUAAAAUAAUUCCUAAGGAAAAUCUACCAGCUCCUGCAUACAAACCAGAAAUUGUAGAAAAGAAUAAAUAUGAUAAUUGGGAAAAGAAGAGAAUUUUUGAAGCCAAAAUAAACAGUGAUGAUACUACAUUUAGCAUUGUUCUACCACCACCCAAUGUCACAGGGAAAUUGCAUUUAGGUCACGCAUUGUCCUCUACAAUACAGGAUGUUAUAGUACGACGCCAAAGAUCAAUGGGACAAAAUGUGUUAUGGCUCCCUGGUACCGACCAUGCAGGAAUUGCUACUCAGAGUGUUGUAGAAAAGUAUUUAAAAACUAAGCAAAAUAUUGACCGACAUGACAUCGGUCGAAAAAAGUUUACCGAGGAAGUGUGGAAAUGGAAAGAAAUUCAUGGCAACACUAUAAACGAACAGUUAAGAAUGCUAGGCUGUUCUUUAGAUUGGUCCCGAGAAGUAUUUACUAUGGACAAAAAACACAUGGACGCUGUAAACAAAGCUUUCAUUAAACUCUAUAAAAAGGGUCUUAUAUAUAGAAGAAAAGCUCUAGUCAACUGGUGCAAUGCGCUCAAAUCAACAGUGUCGGAUAUAGAAGUUGAAAACAAAACAAUAAACAGACCAACAGAAAUAAUGUUACCAGGUUACAAAAAAGUGGUAAAAUUUGGGCUCAUUUAUAAUUUUGCAUACAAAGUCUGGGAUAGCGAUGAGGAAAUUGUCGUAUCUACAACAAUGCCGGAAACCAUGUUGGGUGACACUGCUGUUGCUGUACAUCCAGAAGAUGCGAGGUAUAUACACUUGAAAGGUAAGAAAGUAGUUCAUCCAUUUCGAAAUACAACAAUACCGAUAAUAUUUGACGGUUUUGUCGACAUGAAAUUCGGUACCGGAGUUGUUAAAAUAACACCAGCACAUAGCAAAGUAGAUAAUGAAAUAGCAAGACACCACAAUUUGCCACUACUACAGGUGAUAAACGAAGAUGGCGUCAUGGAAAAUUCUGGAAAGUUUAAUGGUAUAAAAAAAUAUGAUUGUAGAGAAAUAUUGGUUGAUACUCUAGACUCUCUAGGACUUCUGAAGUCUGUAAGCCCCCAUCAAAUGACUUUACCUAUCUGCAGUCGAACCGGAGACGUUAUAGAACACCUUCCUAAAGAGCAGUGGUUUCUAUCUUGUAAUGGAUUGAACGAAAAAGCAAGACAAGCCGUUGAAGACAAAAGUUUGAAAAUAGAACCGGAUAAAUUUGAGAAGAACUGGAUUAAUUGGACCAGUGAUAACAGAGAUUGGUGUAUAUCUAGGCAAUUGUGGUGGGGACAUCAGAUACCCGCAUAUAAAUGUAGUGCAGAUAAAAAUAUUGUAUGGAUAGCCGCAACUGACGAACUUUACGCUAAGCACGAAGCUUCGAAAUAUCUUAGAACUCUGCCUGAAGAAAUUACAGUUGAGAGAGAUACAGACGUUCUAGAUACAUGGUUUUCGUCUGGAAUAUAUCCGUUUGCUGCUCUAGGAUGGCCACAGAGUAAUAAGGGAGACUACCAAAAGUUUUAUCCAAUAAAUCUAAUGGUCACUGGUCAUGAUAUACUAGGUUUUUGGGUGCAUAGAAUGAUCAUGCUCGGUAUUGAACUAACAGGAAAUCUACCCUUCAAUAAAGUUCUGUUACAUGGAAUCAUAUGUGACAGUAAAGGUGCGAAAAUGUCCAAGAGUAGAGGAAACGUCAUAGAUCCUAUGGAUAUUAUAAAAGGCAUAUCAUUAGACGGCUUGAAAGAAAAAGUUGUCAGCAUGCACAAAGAUGGAAUACUCAAUGACGAUGAGUUGAAAAAAGCUAUUUCGUAUCACAAAUCAAAUUUUUCAAAUUCAAACGGUAUACCGGAAUGUGGUGUUGAUGCACUACGGUUUACCCUACUAUCGAAUGAUAUCAAAUCACAUUUUGUGAGCUUUGACGUCUAUCAGUGUCACGCGAAUAAGUUAUUCUGUAACAAGAUAUGGCAAAGCAUUAAAUACACACAGAUAUCUUAUGACAAGUUAAAGGGAACAAAUGAAGAACUAACCGUUAAUGAUUUGACUUAUUUUGAUAAAUGGAUUCUCAGUAGACUGUCGAAUAUGGUUGAAAAUGUCAAUAAGUCAUUGGAUCUAUAUGACUUCCAUCUUGCUACGAAAUCUUUAAGGACAAUGAUAUAUAAUGAGUUUUGUGAUAUUUACUUGGAAGCCACAAAGCCAGGCUUUGAUAGUGAUGUGAUGAAAACGAGUUAUGCGCACGCACAUACCCUAUCUGCAGUAUUGGAAACGUCAUUAAGAUGCUUAUCACCUUUCAUGGUUUACCUUACAGGUGAACUUAUAACAAAAAUACCAGCUUUUGAAACGAAUAUUAUACACAAUUUUAAAGAUCAAAAAAGAGAUUACUUAGAUUUUCCAAACAGUAAAGAUUUUCAAAUUUGGAAAGAUCUCGAAUUUGAAAAGCAAGUAAAUAAACUAUUAAACGCAGUAUUUCUAAUAAGAGAAGUGAAAGGUUUCUAUAAUAUACCAAAUAAAAUCAGAUCGGCUAUAUUUGUGAAAUCCACAGAUGAUAAAUUAAUAUCAGAUCUGAAGGGAAAUAAAGUAAUCAUUCAAAAUUUAUCCAAAACUGGAGAUAUUACUAUAAAUGAAAAUAUUAAUACAAAGGUUAUCAAUGUGAUUUUAGAUAAAGAUACUGAAAUAUCUGUAGAAAUACCUGGCACUGUUGAAAGCACAGCUAUUAGAGAAAAACUGCAAAAGAAAAUUAAUAAAAUCGAAGAUAAUUUGUUAAAACUAGAGGCCAGACUAACAAGCAAUCAUUACGUUAAUACAGUGUCUGAAUUAAGUCAAGAAUUAGAUAAAGAAAAAUUAAUAUCAAAGAGGGAAGAAUUGAAGCGUUUACGAAGACUGAUUUAAAAGCAGCAUUUAUAUAUAGAAAGAAGUGAAAUGUUAGAAUUUAAUUAAUAUAGCAAUAAUAAAACACAUUUACAA